CACCAAACAUGCCACCAGUCCGGUAUGAUCAGAAUGAUAACGAGGUCAUGAAUUCUGAUGAUGAUGACAGUACCAGUGCUAUUCAUCGUGAAGCUGAAACUCACACCAUUGCUGUCGGAUGGGACGGUGAUUUUGAUCUAUCCCAAUCUUUCACAAAGAUUCAGUUUGACAAUACUCCGCCACAUUCUGACGAUAAAGAGGAUACUCCACUCAACUUUGAUCCUUCUUAUCAACCUUCUACCGAUGUGGAAACUGAUUAUCCUCAGCGCCCAAACAUUGAAUUCCUCAAUGUUUUAACGGAAGGUGGUGAAACAUCGCAGCAGCCACAGCCACAGCAGCCGCAGCUGACAACUAAGUCGAUACAAAGGAUCAUCUCAGAUAAUUCUGAUUCUGAUGAUGAACUAUAUUUUAAGGCACAACGGCGACGAACACAAACUCAUGCCAGACAGAAUUUUCCAUGUCCAUACAAACACUGUCGUGAAAAAGGCAUGAUAGAAUAUGAAGGAAUUCAGAGUGUUCAUUUUGUGAAGUUAUGUCCAUAAGCAAAGAUGCCCUCAAGAGCAACUGACGGAGCUGUUGGGUAUGAUCUUAGUUCAAUUACUAAGAUGCUCAUUCAACCACAAGAUCGUUGUCUUGUCCCUACUGGAAUAGCACUACAAAUUCCAUAUGGCAUGUAUGGGAGAAUUGCACCUCGAUCAGGAUUAGCACUCGAGCAUGGGAUUCAUGUAGGUGCAGGAGUAAUUGAUCCAGACUAUCGAGGCGAAGUUAAGGUUUUGCUCUAUAAUUUCGAUAAGAAACUUUUCCAGAUUCAACCUGGACAACGGAUUGCCCAGAUUAUUUUUGAAAAAGUUGCACUUCCAAGGAUGGUCCAACAAGAUGGUCUCUUAGGUACUACAAGAGAUACCAGUGGUUUUGGUCAUUCAGGAAUGGCUUCGGAGCCUAUGGAUUCGGAUUCUGAUUCGAACUCCACCCUGAAUAUCAUAGCCAUGAUGGAGGAAGGGGAAACUGAAUACCCACAAGUAAAGAAAUUGGAGCAGCUUAUCAUGAAGCACAGCAAGCAAAACCCUCAAUAUGUUCUCUCUUCAUCAGCUGUUUCAAAUUACACUCCCCCGCAGGAUACAAUGAUGGGUCCUCCUGGAUAUCCUCCAGCAACUGGGCAAGGACCAAUCAACAUUCCCCAGAGACCGACAUAUGAUGGACACUCCAGAGUUAAUUUCAGAAAUUUUAGAAGAGAUGAUAAAAGUGAGUGGUGGAAUUUGCCAUCAGCUAUGCAUUCAACUGGAGCCAUGUUCAUAUUACCUCACCAACUAGGAAAAUUUGAUGAAGUAUUUAUGAGGUGGGAAUCUAUUACAAAGGCGCAUGUCUCUAUGCAAGGAUUUACUGAUGCAAGGGACAAAAUCCAGUACAUUGAGAAUAUGUUGGGAGAAACAGAGAAACUUAUAUGGACUCAAUGGCGCAUGAAGUAUGACGGGGAAUUCAACAAUCUUGUUACCAUGGGAGAUGGUAAUGAAGGGACGCAGAAUAUUCUCUCUCAAAUGAGAACUGUAUUCACAUUAGAAGAUCCAUACCAGGGCUCAACGUUAAUGCAGGAUGAAGCUGAAACUCACACCAUUGCUGUCGGAUGGGACUGUGAUUUUGAUCUAUCCCAAUCUUUCACAAAGAUUCAGUUUGACAAUACUCCGCCACAUUCUGACGAUGAAGAGGAUACUCCACUCAACUUUGAUCCUUCUUAUCAACCUUCUACCGACGUGGAAACUGAUUAUCCUCAGCGCCCAAACACAAAUACAUCACGCCUAAGCUAUCUUGAUUUAGCCAAUACUGAAAAACCUAGUACCAAAGAACUAGCUCAUAACAUCUCUGUAAUCUACGAUAGAGUCUGUCUUUCUAGUAAAGUCACUUUAAAGGAAUUUCGAAGUCAGCAGUUACAAAUCCAGUCUCUUGAAGGUUCUGUUCAGCAUUUGAUCAAAAAGAUAGAAAAACUUGAACAAGGAGUUAAUUCCUUAGCUCAGAAUGACAAACGAAAGUAUUUGCAGAAAUCAAAGCACUGUAAAUGCUAUCUUUGUGGAGAAGAAGGCCAUUAUGCUCGUGACUGUACUAAAGACAAGAAGAAUGUCAAGGACUCUAUGAAUGGUUGGUAA